UUCUGUCCUGGCCGCGGCCUAGAAUCGCACCCGACCCGACGGUGGGAUCUUUGAGCCCCGGGUCCACGUAACCACUCAGCCCGAGCCGGAGCCCGAACUUUCACCCCAGCCUCGCUCUCUGACUCAGGUGUAGUCACCUCGUCCCACCCUCGCGGCCAAAAUAAAGUUCUCGAACCACGGGUGUGGUGAGCUAGACUGCGCGAGGACCGCAGAGGCAGCACAGGUGGCAGACUUUCCCGUUUUGCUUGUGAGCCAUGGCAGCUCCCAUGAAGGGUCAAGUGUGUGUGGUGACUGGUGCCUCCAGAGGUAUUGGCCGCGGCAUUGCUUUGCAACUCUGCCAAGCAGGUGCCACAGUUUACAUCACAGGCCGCCAUCUGGACACCCUCCGGGCCACUGCUCAGGAGGCGCAAUCCCUUGGGGGCCGGUGUGUGCCCGUGGUGUGCGAUUCAAGCCAGGAGAGUGAAGUGCAAAGCCUAUUUGAGCAAGUGGGUCGUGAACAGCAGGGGCGUCUGGAUGUGCUGGUCAACAAUGCCUAUACCGGGGUCCAGGCUAUCCUAGACACGAAAAAUAAGUCAUUCUGGGAAAGCCCCGCCUCCAUGUGGGAUGAUAUCAACAACGCUGGGCUCAGAGGCCACUACUUGUGUUCAGUGUAUGGGGCACGGCUAAUGGUACCAGCUGGUCGGGGACUCAUCGUGGUCAUCUCCUCCGUUGGGGGCCUGCAGUACAUGUUCAACGUCCCCUAUGGCGUAGGCAAAGCUGCGUGUGACAGGCUGGCUGCUGACUGUGCCCACGAGCUGCGGCGCCACAGGGUCAGCUACGUGUCCCUGUGGCCAGGUCUAGUGCAGACAGAACUGCUGAAGGAUCAUAUGGCAAAGGAGGAGUCCUAUGAGGAUCCCCUGUUUAAGCAGUUCAAACCACUUUUCUCAUAUGCGGAAACCACCGAAAUGAGUGGCAAAUGUGUGGUGGCUUUGGCAACAGACCCUGAUAUCCUGAGCCUGAGUGGUAAGGUGCUGCCAUCCUGUGACCUUGCACGACGCUAUGGCCUCCGGGAUGUGGAUGGUCGCCCUGUCCAAGACUACUUGUCUUUGGGCUCCGUUCUCUCACAUGUCUCCAGCCUGGGCUGGCUGGCCUCCUACUUGCCCAGCUUCCUCCGCAUGCCCAAGUGGAUCAUCACCCUCUACACUAGCAAGUUCUAACCCUCCUGGAUUGAUGCCACAACUCUGCUUUUCUUCACAUUCAGACUGUGGCAGUUGGGCCUAUCUCAGUGGAACAAAGCAGUCUUUCUUACCUACCCAUACACUUGAUAGGAAGAGAAGGCCUCUGCUGUGUGUCCAUGUGAGUUCUGGGGGCCCUCAUGGGUCCUUCUUUGAGCCUCGGUUUUCCUUGUCCCUACAUUUUGCUUUUUCCUCAGUAUUAAAAAAAAAAAAAACUCUGGGAGCUAAUAAAGGUCUCAUUUCUCCUUCA